UUCACCAGUACGCAGAAUCGGGUCCGGAGCGCAGAAAGGAGCAAGGAGAGCAUCUUUUGGAGAACCGGUGUCUUCUGAACAGCUUUAACAAUGCUUCUGUCAUUUGUGACGUUACUUCUCCUGACUUUCACUUCUUUAGCGGCCAAAGUCAAAGACUUCUAUACUUUUAAAGUUGUAAACAUCAGAGGGAAACUAGUGUCUUUGGAGAAAUACAGAGGCUCGGUGUCACUCGUGGUGAACGUGGCCAGUGAGUGUGGCUUUACUGAGGGGCACUACAGAGCCCUGCAACAGCUCCACAGGGACCUGGGUCCUUAUCACUUCAACGUGCUGGCAUUCCCCUGCAACCAGUUCGGGCAGCAGGAGCCUGGCAGUGACAAGGAGAUCGAGAGCCUUGCCAGGAGGACCUACAGCGUCUCCUUCCCCAUGUUCAGUAAGAUCGCUGUGGUGGGCACCGGGGCCAAUAAUGCCUUUAAGUACCUUGUGGAGUCGAUCGGAAAGGAGCCUGACUGGAAUUUCUGGAAGUUCCUCGUGGACCCCAAUGGGAAGGUUGUGGACGCCUGGGGUCCGAAAGUACCUGUGGAAGAAAUCCGGCCACAGGUCACUGCGCUCGUGAGGCAGGUGAUCCUCAAGAAGAAAGAUGAGCUUUAGUGUAACAUCCAGACCUGUCAACAGCCUGGACUAUAUCAAGGUGCACCAGCUUUCCAAUAUCACCUGAUCAGAAUUUCAAUUCAAAAUGCUCUUAAAUCAACCAGAGCCUUUUGCUGUUGUGCUCCUCGUUUAUGGAACUCUAUUCCGAUUUACAUUAGGCAGUUUGAAACAUUGGAUUCUUUAAAGUCUAAGUUGAAAACAUCCUUUUUUUGGAUGUGCUUUUAUAUAAUGGACUGUAGCUGGAGUGUAUUGUGCAUACGAGCGCUUGUUUCGUUUUUAACUUUGCACAGCGCUGUGCGGUGCCGUGGUGUGAAGGGCGCUAUAUAAGAAUAAAUUUGCGAUGGUUCCGGCAA